ACCCGAGUCGGGGCGGCAAGAAGCCUUGGGCGGAUGUUCUUGUUGUCGAGUGUAGUGUUUGUGGAGCAAGGAAACGCUUCCCUGUUGGUGCUACGCGGCAGCUUAAGAAGAAAGACAGAGUCAAACUCAAGGUCGAGAAACUGAAGCCGCCUGUUGUUACCGCCCUGUCGCCCGCUUGUUGACGCGUGAACGUGUUAUACCUAUCGUGCUUAUGCUUUAUAGUCGCGGUAGACUAUUACUACGCGUGUAUACGCGGUCUAGGGAUUAUCUACCUAGUAUGGUUUAGUAACACACAUACACACACAUACACACGGCACCGCACACGACAGGGCUGAGAACUAAGCCAGCGCGCACGAGAAUGAACGAGCUGCCCGAAAGCCGACCGCCGCCCGUUGCCCGCUGCCGUGAGGAGCUAGCUGGUUGCUGCUCGGUACGGCCGCUACAACAAACAGCAGCCGCUGCUUGCUUGCUGGCUAGCUGCCGGGCGCGCCCGAGACGGCGUUAUGCAGCACCAAGCCCGAUCAGAGCUGGGGGCAUGCAACAAGCGCCGCGGAUAAAGCCCGCAGGCUCGGGACCGGGCUCGGUGGUUUGGUUUGGUGUGGUGAGCGGCGUGUCGGGACUAUCUGUGAAGCGCAGCGCGGUAAAUACCUUAGUAGCGUGGUACAUAGCGCAGCAAGCAAGCAAGCGAGCGUGCGUGUGUGUGCGUGCGGUGAAGCGGAGCAGAGCAGAGCAGAGCAGAGCAGAGCAGUACCUAGGUACAGUGCAACAACAGCCCGAACAAAAAACGCGACGCACGAACCAGGCCGAGCCGCACAGAAGGCUCGCACGGGCACGGCCGGAAGAAAAAUUUCUUUCUCGAAGCCUUCUCGAAGGGAAAAAAGAACAGCUGGCGUGCCCCCACAGCCGCGAAUCGAAUCGAAUCGGCGGUGGAGCUGGGGGAGCGCGCGCAGUGCUCGCGCAAUGGCAGUUAGGUGGAGAUUUGGGCGGCGUUGAGAUUGCGGCACGCCUGAUGGAUUGGCGGGAUUCAAGGGUCCACGCCUGGGCAGGGUCCGGGGUUUGGGGCGGCGGUGGCGCGAUUGUGAUUGGAACGGGGAGGCUAAUUAAUCCCUCGGCCACGCACCCUCGGUGCAUGUUCACAACUUUUGCGGAUACAGUAUGUACGCUCGCUAGGUACGACUACGCGCGCACGCGCAACCGGUCAGAGUCACGCUGGCUGGCUAGCUAGCUAAGGGCUUCCAAUUCGAAUGGCGAAUGGCGGGGCGGGGAGAUAGGCGCACCGUAUUCUGU